CGUCCUAGAAAGCUCCACAUCCUGCUCCGGCAACAGCAACUACGAAAACUAUUGCGACUGCGAGCGGAUCGAAAUCGCCAGUACCAUCCUCAGUCGUAGAAGCACCAGAGCCACAAGCAGAGUCCGAAAAGCUGCCAGGAACACCUUCCACGCCAGUAGUCGGAACAGAAGGGUUUUCGAAAAUCCCCAUCAGCGGUCCAGAGUUGGAACCAACCGCAUCCCGUCCUCUCACUACGUCAAACUCCCCUCUUGACGAUCCCCAGGCCUCGCCGUGUACCGCAACUCGCACGAUAAUACAUAAUCUCACGCUUCCGACCAUUCCAAACUUCAACAUUCCGGACUCUCCUCCCGGAUCGCCCCCUCAACAAUCAACGAACAAGUUCGCUCAGUUCCUGGACCUGAAGAAGAAGGGACAACACUUCAACCGGAGAUUGGAAAGCUCAAGCGUGCUCCGAGAUCCCGGGCAUCUACCUCGUCUGAUGGAUUUUGCUGGUAUUAGCGAAGAGGAGCAGUACCUGUCGACGCUCCCAGCCGACACGGCGGUGCCUGCCACAUUCCCCAGUUGGGCGUAUGCGGAAGAACUGCGAGAAUCGCAGAAAAAGAUUUUGAAAGCGAGGGAGGAGGCAAAUGCUAGGAAUCCGCGGGACUCUAUAACUUUUGUGCCUGCUGCGAAGUCGGGCUCUGCUGCUUCUAGCAAGUCCGCGACCCCGUCGGGCAAAGAGGUGGGUAGGGAGAGUGGUGCGGAAAGAAUCAUGGCCGGACUGACGGCCCAAGGGCAGAAGCGGAAAGAGUUGGAAAGGCGAGGAGGGCGAGAAGAGAGUUUGUCUAGUCAACGCAAUCGGUCGAGGUCACCGAAACGCAGACGUGAGGGGUAUAGAAGGUAAUCGGAAGCUCUCCGGUUGCAUUUAGUUAUACUUAUAUCCGUGAGAACUCCGGGGGCCGUCGCCACCUCACGCUUUAGAGAACGUGGAGCCAGAAAUCUCGGAUAGUGCCAUUUUGAGCGGUGCUUGGGCGGUUUGCUCCUGGUUACAUGAGGCCACAUCAGUCAGAAGGCUCGGCUAUGUGGUUAACCGCCUUCUGGUUAUAAUCUAAAGCCACGCCCGGAGUGCGAGCAUGUCGAGGUGCAUGUCAUGCGGUGAAGAAUGGGGCAGCGCAUGCGGAGGAUACGGUUUGUAUACCCCUUAAUAUCUCAGAUAUAUCUAAAAGAUCGCCGUUGACGCCUCUCAA